CUCACUUCUAUUACAAUUCUUUCUGUUCAGCCCUCCCAGAAGUCUUGCUGAUUUACGAGAUGCUAGCCUUCAUUGUGGUGGUUGUUUUCUCCGUUGCAAAUGCUGAACAUGGAUGUAACUUUGAUGGCAGGGAGUACUCAGUGGGACAACAGGUCGUCAUCCAGCACUGUCUCGGCGCCAUGACAUGUAAAGGAAACGAUCUCUGGGACGACCUUCAACAAUGGGGGGGCAUCUGUCCAGAUAAAAGAUCAGACGAUGGCCAAACUGGGUGUCUCUUUGAUGGACAUGUUUAUCAAAAAAUGGACAAAGUCGUCUUCGGUGGGUGUCUCGGAGAAAUGACAUGCUUGGGUCACAAUCUCUACACAAGUAUUACACCAUUGUUCGGCGAUUGUUCCAAGACCAUGACAAGACGAUCUGAGGACGGGCAGAGUGGGUGUUUGUUUGAUGGGCGUGUCUAUUCCACUGGGGAGGAGAUUCUUAUCAAACCAUGCCUUGCAAAAAUGACCUGUUUGGGGAAAAAUAACCUCAGCAACAUUACACCAUUAUAUGGAAACUGUGACGCCAAACGAACUGUAAAUGGACAGGAUGGAUGUCUUUAUGACGGUAUGGUCCUAAAAGCUGGCGAGACCAUCACCAUUCAGGGAACAACAACAGAACUCAUGUGUCUUGGACACAACUUAUAUAAAGAAUUCAUUCAUUAAGAAAUUGUGAGCAAAUGAAGUAUCAUACAUACCGGUAUUUCAUCGAUCAAAUAUUUUUUAUAUUUUGUC